ACCCACAGGGAGAACCCAUUAGACCACCGGUCAGCCUGCACGAUGGGGAGACCCUGCCAACCUUGGGGACACCAGUGACCUUGAGGCUCAGGGAGGGAGAGAGGCUGGCCAGGUUUUCCACUGCUCCCUGUGACAUGCCUUGUCCAGCCAUCUCCAUGGGCAGUCACUCACCUCCCCCAGGCCAGCAUGCAGGGGUCACACCUUGUUUCCAAUAGGAACUCCAUUCGAGGAGUGGUGACACAGCUCUCCAAGUGCACAGUUGGAAGGCGGGCCUGCCAGCCCCGGACUGGUGCUUCCUUGUGCCCCUUACCUGCAGCAAAGGGCCACUCAGCUACACCAUGGACUACCACUCAGGUACACCAUGGACUACCACUCAGCUACAACAUGGAUUACCACUCAGCUACAUCAUGGACUACCACUCAGCUACACCAUGGACUACCACUCAGCCCCACCAUGGGCUACCACUCAGCUACAUGGACUACCACUCAGCUACACCAUGGACUACCACACAGCUACAACAUGGAUUAUCACUCAGCUACACCAUGAGCCACCACUUAGCUACACCGUGGACUACCACUCAGCUACAACGUGGACUACCACUCAGCUACACCGUGGGCUACCACUCAGCUACACCGUGGGCUACCACUCAGCUACACCGUGGGCUACCACUCAGCUACACCGUGGGCUACCACUCAGCUACACCGUGGGCUACCACUCAGCUGCACCGUGGACUACCACUCAGCUGCACCAUGGAGUAUCACUCAGCUACAACAUGGAUUAUCACUUUUUUUUUUACAUGGACUACCACUCAGCUAUACCAUGGGCUACCACUCAGCUACACCAUGGGCUACCACUCAGCUACACCGUGGACUACCACUCAGCUACACCAUGAAGUACCACUCAGCUGCACCAUGGAGUACUACUCAGCUACACCCUGGCAGGACCGGAGAGACACCACACUGAGUGAAAGAAGCUGGACAAACGCACAGAUAUUGCGUGAUCCCACUUAGACGAAGUGUCUAGAACAGCAAACGCACAGGGACAGAAAACAGAUUAGUGGUUUCCAGCGGCAGGCGGGACGGGGGAUGGGAGCGAUUGCUUAAGGGGCACAGAGUUUCCGUUUGGGUGAUGAAAAUGUUCCGGAAAUAGAUAGUGGUGCUGGUUGCACAAUGUUGCGCGUGCAGUUAAUCCCGCUGAAUGAUGCACUUUCAGAUGGUUAAAACGGCAAAUUUUAUGUCAUGUGUACUUCACCACAACUUAAAGAGAGGGAGAGAAAGAAAGCCCAGGCCCUCUGUUCACAGCCCCUGUCCAGAGUGCGGCCCAUCCCACCCCUGGCCUCACUGUGGGCCCCAGUGUGACCACCCCAUGCACUCAACCCCCACCCACACGCCCGUCCUCCCAAGCCACCAGCACAGUACAGGGUGAAGGCCACCCUCCCUGGGCAGAAGGUGAAGGAGGAGCACCCGGUGUUCCAGCAGCCAGGGGCCACACUGUGAUCCGGGAGAGGGAUGUGGCCUGGAAAAGCUCUGUCCUUGCAUGAAUUAGCCAGGCCUCCCGCUCCUCAGCCUACAGGUGGCACCAAGCUGGUGCCCCCCACCUGGCCUAAACCCCCAAACCUGGCCACGGUGGGGGGCCUCGUCAGCCCUACAGAGCUGUGCUCCUGAGUUAGGCCUGCAGCAGUCUCCGGCAGGUAGAGCUGCUUGGAGCUGGGACCCCCCCACCUCAGCCUCCCAGCUCUGCCUGGCUUCCAGCCAUGUGGCCUGGACAAGACCCUAAACCCAACCCUGAUGGGGGUACUGGCUUCAGGGUUGUCAUGAGGGUAGUGUGUCUACGUCCCGACAUCUGGUGGCCUGGUGCUGGCUUACUGCCAUCUACUUCUCCCCCUCUGCCCAGGGGGCUCUCAGCCUUGGUCAUCUGCCCAGCCUGGGUUGACCCGCCAAGUGCCAGUGAGCCCCUGGUGGCAGCCAGUGCCAGGCAGAGGGCCAGGAGGGUGGCUGGACAGGUGCAGCCUGGAACUGUAAACAGGCUGUGGCAGCAGGUAUAAAAGCAGAGUCUCUGGUGGCCUCUGAGCACACCAGCCCGAUCUGCCCAAAGCCUUCGCGGGAAGCCAGCAGAGGCCAGACCUGACAGGGUAGGUCCUGGGGGAAAGACAGGAGGAGGCAGGGCAGGGCAGCUCCCAUCAGCCCCAAGGGAGCCCCGGGUCCAUGGGGUGAGCGCAUUCAGGGAGCAUGCAAGACCCUUCUGUGGGCGGCGCAGCUCGGGAGGGGAGGAUGGCCGCAAGCGGACUGUAAGGGCUCUGUGUGGAGGCAGGAGGUGGUGGGCUGGGUGGUGGCACUCAGCCCCAGUCCCAAGGGGACCCCUGCCUCCACCAACCCGUCCCUACCUGGGGUCCCCCACAGGCUUCCCCCCCUACCAGAAUAUGGUGCCCAUUGGUAGAUGCAAUAUGGACUGAAAGCAUCUGAGUGGGCCCCCCUGGCCUGGAGGGUGUGUGGGUGUCUGGGGGGUGGGUCUCAGCCUGGCCUUAUAGCUCUGGCCAGCUGUGGGUAUGGAGGGUGGUGCAUGGGGGGAGGGGCAGGGCCCUCCCAGGGGCCGAAAACCCUGCAGAAGGCUGGGGGAAGGCAGGCUAGGGGAGCUGUGUAAAAGCUUUGUAGCCUCCCCCCGCCAUCCCCCCUCUGCAGGCCAGCCCAGGUUGCCCCUGGGACCUGAGGAAACAGUCCUAGGCUCAGAUGCGGAAACAAAAAUAAACAGCCCAGGGUCCUGCCUCCUUCUCCAGUUUCUGUCUCAGGUCCUGCCUUUGUGUGGGGGCGUGGGGGGUACACAUUGGGGCCUCUGACCUCGAGACCCCCAGUGAGGCCAGAGGUGGGGCACAGCAGGGCAGGCCUAGAGCUGUGGGACACAGGACAAGGACUCCCUGCCAGUACCUGCUCCACAAAGUGGGGUGACACUGAGCCUGGCAGGGCUCUGAGAGGCAGGCAGGGUGGGAAUUCCUCCUCCGAGAUGUUGGGGAGAGGCUGAACCUGAGGGGCUCCAGGACAGGGAAUCAGAUCUCCAAUCAGGAGUCUUCACUCAGCCACUCCCGGCUAGUCCCUACCCCUUCCCCAACCCCCUCUGUCUGUGGGACUCCCCUUAGUGGUGAGGUCGGGGUGGCAGAGGACCCCGCUGCAGGCCCAGCACAGCAUCCAAAGCCUUCCCCUCCCCUCCUCCUCACGGCUCCUCACAGGACGCUAUGGGAAGCAGGGUGGGUAGGUUCCCCCACUUCCCAGUGAGGAAAGGAGGCUCAGAGAAGCCACAGAGCUGCCCAGGCCGGAGGGCAGGUCUGGAAGACAGAGCCAGCCUGGUCUGCGCCCAGCAGCUCUCCAGGCUGUCAGAGCUGAGGUGCAACCUUUAACCCCAUGGGCCCGCCCCUCCUGAUGGGUGGGAGAGUGUUCCAGAAGCAGCCACCAGCACAUGAACUUUCAAGAGAGCCAAGCAGCCCCGGCAGCCCCUCGUGGCCGCUGGCCCCGCUGCCUCCCGCUCCGAAACAGCUGCUCUGCCGGCGCCCCUCAGCUCCCCCACCCCGGAAAUGCAACCCGAGAGCCCGGCGGUCACACACCACUGUCUCUGUGGAGGGCCUGACCCGCCUGCCAGCCCCCCUGUGCCCAGACCCCUACCCACCCAGCAGGCAGGCCGGAAUCCUGGCAUAGCACCAACACUCUCCCCAAUGGGGACAGUGACCCACUCCUGCCACUGAGCAAGGGGCAGAGGGGAUGGGAUGGAGAAUGUCUGAGAAAGACUCAGCACAGGGCAGCUCAUACCCUUGCCGCCUAGGCACAGGGCAAACACGUGGCAUACAGCACACCUUGCCACAGGGCAGGGGUGGGUCAGCACCAGUCAGGAUGGUGGCCAGGGGCCAGCCUGUGGUCCAGGAGAGUGAGGCCAAGGCCCCCCAGACAGGGGAUGAGGAGACGGUGCCUCAGGUUAACCAGGAAGGCUUCUGGGGGGAGGUGGCUUUGCAAUGGGCCUUAAAGGACAGAGAGGAUUCCUCUCCAUGGUCAGAAAGCUGCCACCUUCACCAGGCUGAGCCGUGCAUUGACUAUCUCUAGGUUUCGAUUUCCUCUUCUGAGAAAAGGGGACAAGGCCCUAGGGUGAUCCAGCUAGCAAGGGUAGGGGGAUGAAGAUACAGAGCAGGAGGUCAGGGAUCCCGGUGGUGGCCUGAGGCUUUGCCUUCCUCUUGGGUCCUAGGCAGAGGAUGGCCAUUGAGGCUGGGACAAUGACCCCUCCUGCAGUCCUGCUCCAGCCCCUCAGGGACCCCUACUCAGGCAGGGAGGGGCUUUCUCCCAGGCAGACCUGCCCUGAGCAGACCCCUCACUUCCAGCCAGACCUGGCCUGGGCAGACCCCUCACUCCCGGCCAUGCCCAGGGGCAAGAUGGACAAGGACUUCUCCCAGAUGAAGAAGAUGGCCUUGGCCAUGGGCAUGUCCUUGUCAGAAAAGGACAUUGAGCUGCUGCCCACGGACAUGAGAUACCACGGGUCCUUCAUCUACCUUAAGUUCUUCGAGUACAUGCGGGGGUUCCAGACCUCGGGGCAGCUGGAGGCUGUCAUUCGGAAGGCCUUCCAGACGCUGGACAAGGACAAGAGCGGUUUCAUCGAGUGGAAAGAGAUCACGUACAUCCUGUCCAUCAUCCCGAGCAGCGAGCGUCCAACCGCCCCACUGAUGGACGAGGAGGCAGAGGCUGUGAUCCAAGCAGCUGACACAGAUGCGGAUGGGAGGAUCAACUUUGAAGGUGGGAGUGGCAGGGAUGAAGUCUGCCAGGCAGAACCCCAGCCCUGGGCGUGGCCUGCCCAGCCUCUGACCUUGGCCCCUCUCCCCACUCCCCCACAGUCAGCCCCAUCAAGUGCCCAUCUCUAGCCCAUGCUGUGCUGGGCCCAUGCUCCCCUGAGUCCUUGCAGCCAUCGCUCCCAUUUUACAGCUGGGAAAACUGAGUCCCAGAGGUGCUAAGUGUGGUGGGGUGUCUCAUGGGGUCUAGGGGAGUCACAGUUCCUGAGCAGAGGAGAGGGGUGGGGUAGAGUGGGCAGGCCAGGUGGGGAGGGGGGUGUGGAGGCAGGGACCAGGACCUGAGAAGCUGCAGGGGUACAUGGAGGAGGGCAGUCUGGGCAGAUGGCUAUGUCCCCAGGGAGCGGCACUGUGGGAGCCAGUGGGAGGGGUCUGCAUGUAGGAAAAAGGCUGCCGUCUAGAGGGAAUGGAAUUUGAGGAGCCCAUGAGGUCUCCCUGAGGCUUUUCCACGGAUGCCCUGGGGACCUGGGUCCCCUUUCCAUCCCCUCCACCCUCUCCAGCAGCUGGCAGGGCCUGGAGGGCAAAGGGUGGGCGGGGGCAGCAGGGAUAGCACUCAGAGGGGUCUCUGCGGACACCCCUUCCCAGCCAAGGCCUGGUCCAUCCUGCAACCCUGGGCCUCUGUGUCUGCCCUGCCAAACGCCAGGAGACCCC